AUGGCCCAGCCCUUGUCCCGGCCCCUCGUCCUAUCCCGAUCCGGGCCACGGCCCCCGGCCCCGCCCUCGCCCCACUUCCCUAAUCAGUCCCAGUCCCGGCCCGGGUGCCCGCUCAUGCCAAUGUCCGGAUUCCAACCCCUCCCCUUGCUUCCUUCUGGGUCCCAACCCCGGCCCCCCCUGGAGUCCUUAUUCCUGCCUCUGGCCUGGCCCCAAUUCCCGCCCCUGCCCUUGUUCCACUCCUUUACACAAAUUCCAGUCCAGCCCCAAUCCCAACCCUAUUCCCUAUGUUUGCCUGAACCGCUGACCCAAACCUUGCCUUAUCCAUCCCAUACCCUAUCCUUCUUCAAGCCGCGAUGCCCAACUCAGCCCAACUCGUUAUCUCAACCUUUGCCCUCACCCCUGUGUUUACCCAAGUCUCUCCCAUUACCCACCCUUCUCUUUCAUACUCCGCCCCUCUCCCAGUCCCGACUCAGAUCUGGGCUUCAGCUGCCGCCAGCCCUAUUGCUGCUGUUGCUGUUCUCUAUCCUUGGCCCAGGGGCUGGAGGCCUCUUCCUGACUGACUAUUCCACCUGCUCACCCCGCAAGCUGAGUCCUUUCCGCUCCUUUGCCAGCACUGAGCUCUUCCACUUCCAUGUUCCGGAGGACACGUUUCUGGCUGUUUGGAACCUCAUUAUCUUCAAGGAGCAGGGGGGAACGUUUGGGGACCACUGUCCAGACCAAAGUGUGACUGUGUAUUUCCGGUCCGGGGCACCCCCUGUCAUCAAUCCCCUGCACACACACUUCCCAGGGGAUACAGCUGUGCCUGGGGUUUUCUCACUGACGCUCAGCUGGACACUGCCCAAUCGCACCUCAGGCAUCUUUAACGUCAGCAGUCCCUUACCUGGGGACUGGUUCUUGGCAGCCCACCUUCCCCAGGCCCAUGGCCACAUCUCUGUCAAGGGUCUCCAGGAUGAAUGUCAGUACCUCCUUCAGCCACAGCUGAUUAUCCGACGUUUGCUGGACGUUGCUGUGCUGGUUCCCGGUCGUCCCUCUGAGCAGACUCUCUCCCAACACAACCGUUCAGCUCUGUACAAGGUCUUUGUGCCCAGCUUUACUUACAGGGUUUCAGCGCAGCUGGUGUGCGUGGGGGGCCGUGGGGCGUCCGCCUGCCCCCUAACCCUGCGCCUACGUCCCAAGGCCCCACCCCUGCACAACUCAAGCUCUGUGACUUGUGGAGGUGCCUCAUCAUGCCAGCUGGAGCUGUCAUUGCCCCCUUGGGGCCACUGGGUCUACGUGCGUGUGGAGACAUCAUCCCGAAGCCCUGGCAAAACUGUUCGUUUCCAGCUGUGUGUGCGGUUGCAAGAGUGCCCACAGCCCAGCCUGUCCCGCGCCCUUGUCCCUGGAGCUGCUAUGAACAUGCCCCAGUCACUGGGCAACCAGCCACUGCCCCCAGAGCCUCCAUCUCUUGGGGCCUCUGCAGAAGGGCCCGGGGCCACAUCUCCACCUGAGCACUGCUGGCCAGUUCGUCCGACACUGCGAAAUGAGCUGGAUACCUUCUCUGUCCACUUCUACAUCUUCUUUGGCCCCAGUGUGGCCCUUCCCCCGGAGCGCCCCGCUGUGUUUGCCUUGAGGCUGCUGCCAGUGCUGGACAGUGGAGGUGUCCUCAGUCUGGAGCUCCAGCUCAAUGUGAGCUCCCUACACAAGGAAAAUGUGACGGUGUUUGGAUGCCUGACUCAUGAGGUGCCCUUGAGCCUGGGAGAUGCAGCAUUGACCUGUUCCAAAGAUGCCCUGGCAGGCUUCCUACUCUCUGUCAGUGCCACUUCCAGGGUGGCCAGGCUGCGAAUCCCUUUCCCCCAGACAGGAACCUGGUUUCUGACUCUGCGCUCCCUGUGUGGGGAGGGGUCUCGGUUUAUACGAUGUCGGAAUGCAACAGCUGAGGUGCGGCUGAGGACCUAUCUGUCCCCAUGUGUGGAUGACUGUGGCCCCUAUGGGCAGUGCAAGCUGCUGCGCACACACAACUACCUGUACGCGGCCUGUGAGUGCAAGGCUGGGUGGCGGGGCUGGGGCUGCACUGACAGCGCAGAUGCGCUCACCUAUGGAUUCCAGCUGCUGUCCACACUACUGCUCUGUCUGAGCAACCUCAUGUUUUUGCCACCUGUGGUCCUGGCCAUUCGGAGUCGAUACGUACUUGAAGCUGCUGUGUACACUUUCACGAUGUUCUUCUCGACAGUAAGUGCUGGCAUAUAUAUCCCACCACGAUGCUUCUAUCAUGCCUGUGACCAGCCAGGCAUUGUGGUUUUCUGCAUAAUGGAUUAUGAUGUGCUGCAGUUUUGUGAUUUCCUCGGUUCCCUAAUGUCCGUCUGGGUCACUGUCAUUGCCAUGGCUCGUUUACAGCCUGUGGUGAAGCAGGUUCUCUAUUUGCUGGGUGCUAUGCUGCUCUCCAUGGCUCUACAGCUUGACCGGCAUGGACUCUGGAACCUGCUUGGACCCAGUCUCUUUGCCUUGGGGAUCUUGGCCACAACCUGGACAGUGCGCAGUGUCCGCCGACGGCACUGCUACCCACCCACGUGGCGCCGCUGGCUCUUCUAUCUGUGCCCAGGAAGCCUCAUUGCAGGCAGUGCUGUCCUUCUCUAUGCUUUUGUGGAAACCCAGGACAACUACUUCUACAUUCAUAGCAUUUGGCAUAUGCUCAUCGCUGGCAGCGUGGGCUUCUUGCUGCCUCCUCGUGCCAAGACUGACCACCGGGUCCCAGCAGGAGCCCGGGCCCGGGGCUGUGGUUACCAGUUAUGCAUUAAUGAGCAAGAGGAGCUGGGGCUUGUGGGCCCUGGAGGGGCCGCUGUCAGCAGCAUCUGUGUCAGCUGA